CAGAGACAACAGACCGUGCUGAGCUCUUCACUUCGCGGAUCGCGCUUCAGUUGCCAGCAGAUACCGCAAUAGGAGAGAUCAAUUUAACAAACAACCAGUUCGAAACAAAAGAAGCUCAACAACAAAGCUCUGUGUGUGUUGUUGCUGGUUAAAUUUUAAGAAAAUUGGAAUUUGUUUAUUUCGAGUAAAAGUAAAGUAAAAGUUGAAGAAUCGAAGAGCUGCGCGGCCAACGGCAGAAUUAAAUGCUGAUCGACAGUCGCAGAAGUCAGACACAACGCGACGCGAUGCUCGACUUUUUGUAUAGAUCAGAUUCAAAUAUGUGCAAGAGUAGGAAUAGCAGAAGCAACCUAAUGACAGGCAUUAUGUAUGCAUUCAGUUUGGUGCUGCUGCUCUGCCUGCAGCUGGAAGUGGAAGGUGCAGCGUCUGCUGCAUCGCCUCGCACUGCACGCAUAAUGCAAUUUCUGAGAGAGCCCCAGCCCAGUUACCAUGCCAAUCGACGUGUUGGUCCAGGGCAAUUGCCACGCCUGCGACCAAACGGUGACGGCUUGAAGCCGCCAACACCCUGGCGACCACCACUGCCUUCACCAGUGCUCGCUGGGCAGCAGCUGAUGCGGCGCGAGUUCAAUGGCAAUUGGCCGUAUAAUGGUGCCACACGCUUUGCACACUCCAAGGAUGCGGCACCUGUGCUGGAUGUGGGCAAGAAUCAGUUCUAUCGGCCAAAGGAAGCGACACAAUUCAACAAUAAUGUCAAUCAGUAUGCGCAGAAUUUCAAGGCCUCGCCGCCUAAUUACAAUGGGAACAAAGAGCAGCAGAAAUUUCCAGGAUAUGCACCAAUCAAACAAUAUGCCAUACCCGUGGAAGCCAACAAAUAUGUAGCCAACUAUGCAGAGACACCGACUCAACAGACUCAGCAAUUGGGGCAAGCUGCCAAUAGCUAUGCCGUCUAUGAAGACACAGACAGUGUUAAGAAUGUCGCUCCAUUUGCGGCCAACUAUCAGCAGACUUCACAAAAGUUGUCCAAGGAAGCGGAAAGCUAUUUGCAUUUCAUGAGCACCAAUGAUUAUUUCCUGCCCAAACGUGAACCAAAUUACAAACAACAAGACGUAGAGCGUGAUCAAAUCAACUAUCAGCAGAGACUGGUUCAGCAACAGCAGCAGCAACAGCAGCAGCAACAGCAACAGCAGCAGCAUCAACAGCAGCAGCAUCAACAGCAGCAACAACACCAACAUCAGCAACAGCUGCUAGAUAGUAGCGUUUCAUCUAGCUAUAAUAAACCUUUGCGAGUCUCGGAUCUCUUCUAUCAGCAGGAUCCUGCACCACAUAGCUCGACUGUGGUGCGUGGCAGCUAUCAGGCAGGUCAAAAUGCCUUUGUUGUAAAAUCCGAUGGCAAUAAAUCUGUGAAGCACAUCUUGUCCACUUCGCUUACCCCGCGUACAACUCAAGUGCCGCCAGCCUCCACUGCUUACAGUUAUGUUUGGAAAAGCGCACAGAAGACAGCGACUCCAGAGCCAGUGAGAUUUGAGUUUACGGAACAUGAUGCCAUUAGAGGCUCGGCUAGUUAUACGAAUGCGCCGCAUGGACAAAAAUACUACUACGAAACCCACACGGCUGCACCACACACACCCACUGUGAGUGUGGCAGCCACACCCGAAAGCCUGCCGCCCGUGAAGGAGGAGCCCAAGGAGAGUGCCGAAUAUGUCAACCAGCACGUUCAGGAGCAAGUACCCACAGCAGCUACACCCAUACAACCUGUGGAAACCCCAAAGGACAACGAAGCUUAUUGUGAAAAGAUUUGCGCAAAUGUCUACGAUGAAAAUGAUGAGAUUGUUUGUGGCUCUGAUGGAUAUAUGUAUACGGGAGAAACCCAAUUGGAGUGUUAUUCGACCUGCUUAAAUAUUAAGGUGUCGAUAAAGAGCAAAGGGUCAUGUACUUAA